UUUCCUAAUUGGGGGGAAAAAAGAAACAAAAGAAGGAAACUUAAUUUUAAAGCAUUCCCUUUCAAAAGUUGUGAUAUGUAUAAUAUUGGUAAUUACUGUUUUAUAUAAAUACCGAGCUAAACUGUUUAGCGCAACCUCGGAACUCAUAGAUAUACGAGAGUUUUCAUGUCGAGCGUGAUUCCGAGGCGGACCGCCAGCUGUCAAAAAUCAAAACUCUUCCGUUUAUAAAUACAGGACAUACUUUAACCAGUUUCUCUCAGAAUUAAGGCUGUGUAGUGAUUUUAAUUAGUAAAUCUAGUCGUUAUGCGGUUUACACAACAUUAUAACAGCUAGCUUUGGACUGCAUUUACUUUUACAUCAGAUUUCGUCAUCAAACAUGGAGAAAUUUGAAGGCUACAUCUUCACUGCUCUCUGCAGCACCAACUUUUUAGUAUCCUGCCUUUUGUUCUCCAGGAUCACUCGGGAGCAGAGGGAGCCGUACAUGGACGAGAUUUUCCAUGUCCCACAAGCCCAGAAAUACUGCCAUGGAAAAUUCAACGAGUGGGACCCAAUGAUCACCACCCUCCCGGGCCUUUACCUCAUCUCCGUGGGAGUCAUCAAGCCCAUAGUGUGGCUCGCUGACCUCACAGGCGAGGUGGUGUGCUCCACGGCCAUGCUGCGCUUCGUCAACCUGCUCUUCAACUGCGGCAACCUUUACCUGCUCUAUCUGCUCAUCUGCAAGCUGCACCUCAGGGAGAAGACACGAACAACCUCACGCAGAGUCCUGUCAGCGCUGUCUCUAUCCACCUUCCCCGUGCUCUAUUUCUUCAACUUCCUCUACUACACCGACGCCGGGUCUACUUUCUUCAUCCUCUUCACCUACCUCAUGACGCUCUAUGGCUGCCACAAGGCCUCAGCGAUCCUUGGCAUCUGCUCCGUGCUCUUCCGCCAGACCAAUAUUAUCUGGGUGGCUUUCUGCGCAGGCACGCUGGUGGCUGCCAAAAUGGACGAAGCCUGGAGAGUGGAGCAUACGAAAAAGAGGGAUGAGAAGUCCCCUCCAUCCCAAGUUCCUCUGUCGUUCAGCGGAGCUAAGAAAAUAAUACUUUUCACGAUAGAGUUCCUCACCUCACCCAGUCACAUGAAGGCGGUGCUGCUGGUGGCCUGGCCGUACGCGAUGGUCGGUGUUGGUUUCCUGGCGUUCGUGGUGCUGAAUGAUGGGAUCGUGGUGGGUGACAGGAUGAGCCACGAGGCUUGUCUCAACUUUCCCCAGCUCUUCUACUUCUUCUCCUUCACCUUCUUCUUCUCUGCCCCCGUCUCACUUUGUUACCACCGCGUCCUCCGCUUCCUGCAGGCUCUGAAGAAACAGCCUCUGUUCUUUCUCUUCGUCACCGGCAUCUCCUUGCUCCUGGUGUGGAAGUUCACUGCCGUCCACAAGUACCUCCUGGCGGAUAACCGUCACUUUCCCUUCUACGUGUGGAACAAGAUUUUCCAGAGGCAUGAGCUGGUGAGGUUCCUCCUCAUCCCAGCGUACAUUUAUGCCGGGUGGAAUUUUCUGGACUCCUUCAAGUCACGCUCACUCUUUUGGAGUCUGGCCUUCUUGGCGUGCCUCCUGGCCGCCACAGUCCCUCAGAAGCUGCUGGAAUUCAGGUACUUCAUCAUUCCCUACCUGAUGUACCGCCUGCACAUGCCUCUCCCCUCUCUCCCCAGACUCAUCAUGGAGUUUCUCCUCUACACAGUGGUCAACGCCUCCACGAUUUACAUCUUCAUCACUAAGACUUUCCACUGGCCGAACAGCACAGCCACACAGAGGUUCAUGUGGUAAAUAUAAGAAAUGCUGGUCUCAGACAUCAGAAGUUACUGGACUCAAACAUUGUCAAAGGAUUUUCCUAAUGUGUCUUUACAGAGAACUACAGCACAUGCGACGUCUCAAAAGUCAAAUCAAAGCCUCUGUUACAUGUCAGUAACAGACAGCUCAUAUUUUCAAUUCACUUCAGUACAGUGUAACCCACUGGUGUUUGGUAUAAUGUACAGGGAUUUCUACAGCUGGUUUUAACAGUGAAAAACAAUAACACUGAGUCAGAUGUUGAGGUUUUUGGGGUUAUGAUGUGUUUGGUUUUCAUUGACAAAAAACUACAAACCCCACAGAGUGCUGCCAGUUUACAGUGAAUCUGUGAAUCACUUCACAAUUGCAUUUAAAUGAAAAGGGUGUUUUGUAAAAACAAUUAAAGUUUUUGCAUUAGACAACACAGUGGUGGUAUCAUUAUUGUAAAACCAUUGGUUCAGGUCUGAAUUUACUGUACAGAAAGUUGUUUCUACUGUACCUAAACACUUUGUGAAAUGUUGAUCCUUCUCCAGGGCUGGAAAAAUACAAAUUGUGACUUUUUUUUUUGCAGGUUUCUGGGUGGGUGUUGCUUGGUGUGAUUUUCUUAUGGCAUUUUUGUAAAUGUAAAUACUGUGUGCAGCUCUGUGAAUCAAUCUUUGAAGAAUUAACAUGUUGACAUGAAAUAUGUAAAUACGAUUCAAGAGACCAAAAAUGACAUAGCCAUAUUCAGUCUAUAUAUUAUUGUAGAUUUAAGAUUUUUUUGUAAUGACCUGAGAUUUUUGUUUUUUGCCAGUGAAGAACACACGUGAGUACUUUAUAAUUAUUGGACUAAAUUAGACAUAAACACGUUUUCCAUUUUUAUCUUGAUUUGUACUUUACCAAGCCAUAAGGAUCCACCAGAGGUGAUUCAGAAAUGUGCUCAAUUACAUGUUUGUGUCAUGAAGUUACAUGUUUUAUGCUUCAUGGUUCAAUAGGAGUAGAUAAUGUCAUUGUGACUUCUGAAUGUUUCCCCUGAGGAAAUUCAGUCAAAUCUUAAUGUGACAUUCUCAAAUUUAUUCAUUGUAAUUUAUCAUUUCAGAUUUUAUUUCAUCAGUGUUCUUCACCUGUAUCUGAGUCAUGUUACUGUGUGUUUUUGCUCAUUUGUCUGUAGCUUAUCUUCCACACUUCCUGUCCAUUCAGCUGCUCCUCUGUUGAUACAAUCUUAUGUAAAUCUUUGAAUAAAACAACUCAUACAACA